GAAUCUGCGGCGGAAGGAAACGGGGUUAGGCCGCAGGCUCUGCCGGGAGGUGCGCGCGCAGCCUGGAGUGGACGGCCACGUCGGAGCAAAGAAAGAGAAAUGGGUGGGUGGCUUUCCAAUUUGUUUUCCGGCUUGAUCGGGUCACGGGAAAUGAGAAUAUUAAUCCUGGGUCUGGAUGGAGCAGGCAAGACCACGAUACUCUACCAGCUACAAGUUGGUGAAGUUGUCACCACCAUUCCCACAAUUGGCUUCAAUGUUGAAACGGUAACCUACAAGAACCUUAAGUUUCAAGUGUGGGAUUUGGGUGGACAGACCAGCAUUCGGCCUUACUGGCGAUGUUAUUACUCCAACACAGAUGCUGUCAUCUAUGUCGUGGACAGUUGUGACAGGGACAGAAUGGGAAUCUCCAAGUCUGAACUUGUUGCAAUGUUGGAGGAGGAGGAACUGAAGAAGGCUGUUUUAGUUGUUUUUGCAAAUAAGCAGGAUAUGGAGCAGGCUAUGACACCCACAGAGGUGGCCAACUCACUUGGUUUGCCAGCACUGAAGGAUCGGAAAUGGCAGAUAUUCAAGACCUCUGCAACCAAAGGGUCUGGACUGAACGAGGCAAUGGACUGGUUGGUUGAAGCCUUGAAGUGUAGACAGUAAAAACCGUUGAGUUUUUCAAUCUACUGCAAGAGCCAUGUUUCCCACCACCACCUGAGGUCUUACACAAGAGCCGCUUGUUCGAUGGCGUGCUGCAUUGACUCCAGUUUUUGUUGUUUUUGCAUUAUCUUAUUUAUGUGGGUGUUUUUUGUUUUUUGGCAAUAAAUUAACACUUUCAAUUAAGAGAUUAGUUUAACAGCUAAGGGUUACUGCAUCAGGAAAGUGAAGUUAUCUUUAGUUGCUUUCAUUUGACUUGGAUCAUACAAACACUAAUAAAACAUUCCUUUCUUCACAUGGAGCUAUAUUCUUGGAUAUGACUAUGCUUUGGCUAAGUAAUACCUUUUUUAAGGUUUUGAAUCAAGCUUCAUAUAUAAAAGUGGGCUGUUAGAUUCUUAGCUUUUGAGCUAAUUGUAUUUAAAAUUGAUUUGAAACUGGGUAAGAAAUUCUUGGAUAUUUUCCCUUCAAAAAAAAAGUGGUUUGAGUUCAUUCUGUAAAUAUUUUGUCCUUGUACAAACCCACUGAUUCACUGGUCAUUCUGUUCAGGAACUUGUGCUUCCCAGAAUUCAGUUUCUAAACCUUUAUCACAAGUCAAGAAUGUGUGACUCUGUAUGGAAGAAGAGUCCAUUUGUCCCAUUGUGUCUGUGAUGGCUCUUUGAGACAGUUAGUCAAGAAGAUGGGUGGCAUACCCAGGUAAUAUUGGUGAACUUGUAAUCCACAGUCCGAGGGUCAGCCCUGGAGGCAGGGAUUCUAUCCCAUUAUGACAGCUGCUGGAAUUUACUUUUAAUUAAUCUGAGCUAAAAAGCUAAUCUCGUAAAGCUGACUGUGAAGCUAUCGUUGUUACAAAACCCUGUCUCCUUCGCUGAAGGAAAUCUGCCUGCCCUGCCUUCCCUGCCUGCUCUGGCCAUUUUGGAGUCAGCAUAUUUUCACUGUCUUUCAAAUGGCUAGGGUAGGUCACUCCAUUGGAGCAGUUUGGAACGGACAACCAGUGAUGGCCAUGUCACACUCCAUGGAAUAUCAACCUCCCCUUGUUCUUUCUCCAUGGCCCUGCUCACUUCCCAAUCUGUCAGCCAUUCACUUAAAAAGAAAAGUCAUUUACCAGUGAAUAUGCUGUCAGCUUUAAAUCACUACACACCCCUGAGUAGAGAAAGUCUCCUCGUCUCCCCUCCAGUUCUUUUACCUAAUUAUCUUGUUUCUGUGAUAGUUAAUUUUAACUUACACAAAGGGGUUCUGUACUACAUCUAUAUCCACAUUCAAACAUUAUUCACCACAUCCAGCCUACAUUGGAAAGUUUUUAGUAUUUUUUUUUCUUUCCAGUUAAUUCCUGGCUUUUGAUUUUUGAGGGAGUCCGUGUUGUUGGGAUUAAAGGUGUUUCUUAGACUAACCUACUGAAUUAGGAGCAAGGGGAGGCUGCUCACUCCUUGGGACUGUUCCACCAUUCAGUAGGUUCCACAUUGUCACCUCCCUCUGAUAAUCUUUCACCAAUUUACCCCCCCCCCCCCCCCAUUUUCACUGCCUGGGAGGAAGAGUUCCAAAGGUAUUUGGUCCUCUCUACACCUGUCCUUACCAGGAAAGGUUGAGGCAAUUAGGUCUAUACCGAUGAGAGCUGAUUUUACUAUGCCAUGAAAUUCCCUGAGGGAAUGGGGCAGGCAGGGUAGAUACCCAGAUGUUUCUCUUGAGAGAGAGACUAGGGUGGGGGGGAAAGGGUCCCCAAGUUUAAGAAAGAGGUCUCUCUUUUAAGACAGACUUAAUUUUUUUUUUCUCUGGUAAGGGUCAGUAUCCUGUGCCAUUCUCUACCUCCAGGCGUUAGUGGAGGUUGGAUCGUUCAGUUUGUUCAAGACUGAGUGAGUUAAGAUUUGUAUUGCCAUGGGUUCUAGGAGGGGUCAGACAGGGGGUGUGACACAGCGGUCAUAACCCAGACCAGCCCUGAUCAUAUGGAAAGGUGGCACUGUCUUUUCCUGGUCCCAGUUCAAGCCAAAGCACCCUGUCAUUUAAUUACUGAAAAAGAACAGGUUCCUGAGCUGAAACACCUUUUAUUCAUCCAUGAUUUUGGUCCUUGUCACAAGCUUUUUCAGUUCACUCACUCUUGGCUACAACUUGAAAGAAACCAAGGAUUUUUUUUUUAACGGUCUGGAAUGAAGGGGAUCAUCCUUUGGAUCCUGCUGUAAGGAGGCCUUUUUAAAUCUAGUUACCAGUCCCAGUCCAAAAGAUCAAGUAAGAAUGGUAGGACGCUGCCCGUUAAUAUACUAAUCACCCCAAGCUGACUCAGGAACUCAUUGAUUUUGACUCCUGUCCAACAUUGCUUCCACUUUAAAGUUCACCUCGUUUUCAAAUCUCUCCCAACACAAUCUCUAACUUCCUCUAGUUCCUCAACCUCCUGACAUCUCUGUGCUGCCCUACUUUGCACACACCCAAUUUUUACCUCCAUCUUACCUCGAUAAUACACACCCAAUUUCUCCCCCUGCUAUUCGGUUACCCUAACACCAGCUGUCUGGGCCUCUAACUCUGGAAAACCCUGUCUGAAAUCUCCAGGCCUUUUUCCUUCCAGACAAUUCUGAAGCUUGUAUCUGGGCCAGAAGGCUGUAUCCCUGGCUAAAUAACUCCUUUCUAGAACGGUCUCCAAUCUUUUAACUUGCUGCUCUUAUAAACCACCUGGGAAUGUUGCAGGCGCUAAUUCUAGACAUGUUACUAAAAACAUUGCAAUUUCUCAACCCAUUUUUUUUAUUCCAUAAUUCUGUCCAUCAACAUUAUUUUUCAAUUCUUCAAUUUUACUUUUAAAAAUGAAUGAAAACUAUUUGAGUCUGGUGAGAGCUACCAUAUGUAAAUGUGCUUGUUAUGACCUCUGUAAAUAAUUGUGGGUUCUGGUUUCACCUGACUGUACCUUUAAAAAAGAAAUCAUUUUAUUGUUCAGUUUAAGUGAUGUUCAUAAUAAUAAAAGCUGAUUUUUACUCAAAGAA